AUGAUAAUAAAUUUUCAUCACGGCAAACAUGAGAGACACAACAAGCAGUUGGAAAAAAAUAAAGAAGAUAUUUCUGUUAUUUGUUACUGUUGUUUGCUUAACGACUCCAAUGGAAAGAAGCGAUAUGUCGACUCGAGUGACAAAGUAAUUUGCCAGAAGCAACAUUUUCAUAAUAAUUUUUCGUACUAUGAUCAACAUAAAAGGAGAGAAGGAAACAUGAUGAAGCAAAUUUUUGUAUUAAGAGAACAGUUGAGAUUGUAUGCUAAGCAUGACUUGGCAGAGCUUUAG